UGGGCGAUGGGUUGGGGAGGCCGGAAGUUGCGCCCUCACUACUCGCCGUUUCAAAAUGCUGCUAGGACCUUAGGGACAGUUGAGUGACGCCCCCUCACCCCCGGGCUCGGCGGAAAGCGACUCAUGGAACGGCCGUAAGCAGACUUCACAUCACUUCACUGCCAAAAUGACAUCAUUUUCCACCUCUGCCCAGUGUUCAGCAUCUGACAGUGCUUGCAGGAUCUCUCCAGAACAAACCAAUCAGGUACGACCAAAACUGCCUCUUUUGAAGAUUUUGCAAGCAGCAGGUGCACAAGGUGAAAUGUUCACUGUUAAAGAGGUUAUGCAUUAUCUAGGCCAGUAUAUAAUGGUGAAGCAGCUUUAUGAUCAGCAGGAGCAGCAUAUGGUAUAUUGUGGUGGAGAUCUUUUGGGAGAACUACUGGGUCGUCAGAGCUUCUCUGUGAAAGAUCCAAGCCCUCUCUAUGAUAUGCUAAGAAAGAAUCUUGUCACACUAGCUACUGCUACUGCAGAUGCUGCUCAGACUCUCGCUAUCGCACAGGAGCACAGUAUGGAUAUUCCAAGUCAAGACCGACCGAAGCAAAGCGUAGAGGAAAGCCCCAGUUCCAGGAAAAGAACUGAAGAAGGCAAUAUUCCCUCACUGCCUACCUCACAGUAUAAAUGCAGAAGUUCUAGAGCAGAUGAAGACUUGGUAGCAAAUUUAACUCAAGAAGAGACGUCAAGACUGGAUCUCGGGUUUGAGGAGUGGGAUGUAGCUGGCUUGCCUUGGUGGUUUUUGGGAAACUUGAGAAAUAACUAUACACCUAGAAGUAAUGGCUCAACUGAUUUACAGACAAAUCAGGAUAUAGGUACUGCCAUUGUUUCAGACACCACAGAUGACUUGUGGUUUUUGAAUGAAUCAGUGUCAGAGCAAUUCGGUGUUGGGAUAAAAGUUGAAGCUGCUGAUCCUGAACAAACAAGUGAAGAAGUAGGGAAAGUGAGAGACAAAAAGGUGGUUGACAUGGGAAAAAAUGAUGACCUGGAGGACCCUGAAUCCAUAAGUGAUGAUACCGACACAGAAGUUACCUCUGAGGAUGAGUGGCAGUGUACUGAGUGCAAGAAAUUUAACUCUCCAAGCAAGAGGUACUGUUUUCGUUGCUGGGCCUUGAGGAAGGAUUGGUACUCAGAUUGUUCCAAGUUAACCCAUUCUCUCUCCACAUCUGCUAUCACUGCCAUACCUGAAAAGCAAGAAAGUGAAGGAAUUGAUGUCCCUGACUGCAGAAGAACUGUAUCAGCUCCAGUUGUUAGACCUAAAGAUAUAUACAUAAAGGAAGAAAACUCUGAACAUUUUGAUCCUUGCAACUCGGUGGAAUUCUUGGAUUUGGCUCAUAGUUCUGAAAGCCAAGAGACCAUAUCAAGCAUGGUAGAACAAUCAGAUAACCUUUUUGAACAGAGAAAAGAUACAGAAAACAUGGAGGAUUGCCAGAAUCUUUUGAAGCCAUGUAGUCUGUGUGAGAAAAGACCACGAGACGGAAACAUCAUUCACGGGAGGACAGGCCAUCUUGUCACUUGUUUUCAUUGUGCUAGAAGACUAAAGAAGGCUGGGGCUUCUUGUCCUAUUUGCAAGAAAGAGAUUCAGUUGGUUAUUAAGGUUUUUGUAGCAUAGCUGAAUCGGUGAAUUACAGACACAUAUUAACAGCUGGUCAUGUAUCCAAAUAUCAGUAUUGAGCAUCUCUACGCAGGGUGACUCAUUUCAUACUUUCAUUUAUUCUUGUAAACUUUUAUGUUCUAAGCCAUUUUUACCUCUAAACUUAUAGAAUUUGAGAAUAAGUUCUUUAGAACUACAUUAUCAGUAUGGAGACUGUUAACAUUAAAAGAGAAGUUAAUCAUUCUGUCUUCAGAGAUGAGGCUCUGGGGGGCGCAGUACAAAUAGAAGAAACACAUUCGUUCUUUCAUUUACGCAAUUACCUGAAGAGGAAUCGUUUCUUUAUUUAACUUAAUUUCUUACUGUUCUUUUCUGGUAGGGAAUGUUCUUGGGCAUCAAAAUCCAAGGUGGCUGUUAGAAAGAUAUUAAAGCUAUCAAUGAAAAAACAAGUAAUUAAUGUAUAAAGUAGACUAUGUUGUGUGAUUCAGAGAAACGAUUAUUUUUGUAAAGUGCCUAGAACAGUGAUAUCCAACAUUUUUGCUAACAUACCUCAAAAAACAAUUUUGAAAAAGUACAUACAACUUUUUGCACAUUUUAAAAAUUGAGGUGUAGUUAGCCAACAGUAGAGUCAGUAAAGUGUUCCCUUGUGCUGAAUUGUAGACAUCUCAGUAGCCACCUGAAGCAAGUAGUAGUGCAUUUCUAUCUCCUUUUCCAGGCAGUUCCUCCAUCAUUUCAUGACUCUUACCCUCAAUUAGUUUUCCUUUUGCACAUGUUAAAUUUGACUUUUAAAUUUUUAAAAUAAAUUUAACUAAUUAAAGAGGAUGUAUCAUCCAAUAUAUUGUAGAUGUGCUUUAAAGAUAUUUUUGCCAAAACCUUGGAGCUAUAGAUCUGGCUGGUUGAAUUUAUAGAAAAAGUCCUGUCAUAUAAACUGGCAAAGCCUAUUCUCAUUAUAAAACUAAUCAGCCAAAUCAAACUUCAUUUUCAGUCGAAAUGUUUGACUAUAUAUUAAUUUAUUUUUUGGCCACACUGUACAGCAUAUGGGAUCCCCAAGCAGGAAUCAAACCCGUGCCCCCUGCAUCAGGAGCAUGGAGUCUUACCAUUGAACCACCAGGGAAUGCCCUGUUUGACUUCAUUUUUAAUCCAGUUACAUAGCCUUCUCAGUCACAGUUCUAAGAUAAGGCACAGAGGUUUUGACCAAAGCUCUCUGUGCUCUACUCUGCCCUCUUGGUCUCCCGGGAGCUCCUCGGGGUUUUUGUCUUUUUAUUUGAUGCCUCUAGAGGCUUUUUUAAUGUUCUGAGGCAGUGCCCCAUAUGAUUCUAGGUGGGUGAAGGCAGCCUUUUGGGUGAGAAGUAGCCCGCCUUCUGAGAAUAGGGAGUAUGGCAGUUGUGAAAAGGGAAGUAUUUAAAGAUAACCCUGAAGAGGUUUUAUCUGUGCAUGUAAAUAUUAGGAUAAUACAUAUGGAAAUUGAAGAUCUUUAAGUUGCUUUCCUUAUAGAUAUUCCUGUCUACUUUUCCUAUGGAAAAAAUUUUGGUGUAUGCUCAGCAGUAUGAAUAUUUUGAAGACUAAGGCUCUAAAAUUACUAAAUUUAAGGCUCUUAAGAAUCACUUGGGUUGCUUGUUAUAAGCCCAACUUUACUCCCUGCCCCAAACACACACAUAUGCAUGCAUUCACAGGAGCUGGUGUACACACAGGUACAGAGAGUAGAGCAGAAUCCCUUUAUUUAGCAUCGUGUUUAGAGAAGUUCUGCUAAACUCGUAGAAAUUAACUAGCAUGCCCUCAUAUACUCAACCUCUUAUUUUGCACAUGAGGCUGAAACGAUAAACGACUGCUGAAAGUCACAGCUAGUGAUAGAACUCUUACUGGGGUCCAAGUCUCCUACAGUAAAUCUUUAAACCAUGCUUUCUUCCUUCUCAUUAUUUGUUAACUGUUUAAACUGUGGUAUUUGUUGAAUUUGCAAUAACUAGUAGCCUUAAAAUACUGAAGAAUGUGAGCUGCAGCCGAAAUAGGACUUCAGAGAGAAUAGAGACUUUUAACCGUUUCUCCUCAAAGAGAAAAGGCAGUACAUGUCCACUUCUCUUACAUAAUCUGAUAAAUUACUUCUCCCACUGGAAAGACUGGUAGAGGCAGCAGAGGAACCUGAACUCUCUCUCCAGGGUUUUUCAUCCUUGAGGGAUGAAACUUAGGUCUCUGGCUGUCUCCAGGCAUUAGGGACAAGGGUCUUUUUCCCCUCAGUAAAUAGAAUCAGUCCUUCAAGUUCAGUGUUUUGUUAGACUAUGGUAAGUGCUCUAAAAAUUUAGGAAGUUAGUAACUUUAUGCCCCAUUUCCUCCCCCCACACUGCUCUCUUCAUGAUAGUUUGAUAGCUAUUGAUUUUAAUUUUGCCAGUUAAUUGCUUUUGCAAGUAAAAUGAGGAAUAGGGAGAGCUGGGAUCUGCACUUGCACCCUCUAGUCCCUCUUACAUAAAGUUGAGUUUUUGAAGAAAGCUUAAUAAGAAAAAGUCUAAAAUUUUAAUUUUUGUAUAUAGAUAUUUGUUGCUAAUUUGCUAGCACAGAAUCCUCUUACACUACUCUACUUACUUUUUUUCCCCCGUGGAUCACCUGGGUUUUUACUGUCCCCAUUAGCAGUAAAUACUUCGCUUAGGAGAUUUUAAACUGCACAUUUGAGCUGAAAAUAUUUCAAUAAAUGUACACUUAGGUGUACUGAACCCUUAUCAAGAGUCUUGAAUGACUGAAAUGUUAUAAAGAGCUGUAUCUGCAGAAGGAGGUAGUAUUUCUUUUGUAGCUUA